AUGGAGCUACCGGACACUCCAAUCUGCCACAUCAUUCGUCGCAUCGAUAAUCUGGAACAUGCUGAGCACUAUCGUAUUCGUUCUUUGGACUUCGAUCGUCUAAUGGCUUACAAGGCCACACUUGUGCCAAAUUUUUUAACGGAGGAGCAGCUCUCGGUGAACCAGAUGAUUGAUCGCGUUGCAGCAUGGACAGAAAUGUUGCUCGCCGACAUUGACGACUACAUAAUGAACGAAAACCCGGCUAUUGAGGAGCACAUCAUCAAUCUCGAAGACGAGAUUAUCCUUCUUGCAUUCGCUGUCGACCGUCUCGCCUUUAUGAUCAACGAGGAGCAUCCAAUUCUCCACACUUGCGAGCACUGA